AUGUCAAAUAACCCGUUUUUAACAGAGGAAGAUAAGUAUCUCGAACAAGGUUCAUCGAUCGCUGCGCCACCACCAGCCUACGAAGAUGUUGUAAGACCAGGCUAUAGCGAUCACCCGUAUGGUUAUCCACCAAAUAAUCAAUCAUUUCCUCCUCCUUCAUUUCCGCCACCGACAGUGCCAAAUUAUAAUCAUAAUCCAUUAGUUUCUGCGGAAAAUCAUCAACCAAAUUCCGCGAAUCCUAAUGAAAAAUCUGGAUAUCGAGUAUGCUGUGUCAAAUUUUCAAGUCGGAAUAAAGCUUGCUGUUACGGUUGGUUGGUCUUGAUUACAUUCAUAAUUUUAGGGACGAUUUCGGUAGCAAAUAACAAAGCAUGUAGUCAAAUACAAUUAAAUGAAAAUCCGGAAAAAUUCACCUUUGAUCCAAAAUUAAUACUCAAACUCGAUGUGGAAGGUUCUCAACAUAAGGUAGAUGCAGUUAAUGUUUUACAAAAUCCAUCACCAGAUGAAACCAAUGUUAAUGUUGAAGUGUUUACUGGAAGUAGCAGUAGAGUGACUCCUCAAUUUGAAAAAACAAUUCAAAACGAUAGUUUUGUAUUAAGAGUUUUCCAAAAAGUUGGGUUUGGCGUUUUUAACAUUCCACCACGUUGUAUGCGAUUGAAAAUAAAUGUAAUCCUACCACAAGGAAAUGCUGGCAACCCAACUUUUAAUAAUAUACAAGUCAAGGAACUGAACCUUAAACUUAUUAAAGAUGAAAGUGAUAAACCAUAUCAACAAAGCAUCGGUUUAUCUACUGUCGAAGGGGAUAUACAAUUAGAGGAAAUUAAAGGAAAUAUCAUCGACAUUAAAACUCAGGAAGGAAAUGUUGGAGGAUCAAUAUUAUCUCUUUCAAAAGAACUUAGUGUUUCGACUGAUGAUGGUAAUGUGGACUUAAAUUUGGGAAUUGCUCCAAAUGCAAUGGUCAUGUUACAAACUGAUAACGGAAACGUUGGAUUAACAAUGGUUGAAAGCUCAUUCGCUUAUAAAGUUCGGACAAACGAUGGUAACAUUAGAAUAAAUGAUGAAAUGAUAAAUGGAUUAUCUAAAAAUGGUAUGGCGGGUGAUGGAAAGUCAAUUGUGAAUAUUAUAACUGAUGAAGGAAACAUUAGGUUAAACUAUUGA